AUGAACACCGACGACCCUGGGUGUCUACCAGGCACAUCGCGCCUCCUCGACCACGGCGAGAUCAUCCUCUCCCCACCACCUACUAAAUCAGUCAAUGACCCAUUGAACUGGUCCAUUGCGCGCAAGUACUGGCAUGCACUCCUAGUAUGUUUCAUCGCUGGAUUUACCGCCGCGACAUCCAACGAUGCUGGCAGCGCCCAGUUCGGCGAAAAUGAGGAUUUGGGUAUUUCCUACGAGGCGAUGAACACGGGAGCUGGGGUGUUGUUCAUUGGUAUCGGGUAUGGGACUCUUUUUCUCUCCCCUGCGGCAUGGCUCUGGGGUCGGCGAUGCACGUAUCUCUUCUGUAUUCUCAUGGGAUUGCUCGGUGCUAUCUGGAUGGCGAGGACUCAGUCGACUUCCGACUCUAUCUGGAACCAAUUGUUCGUCGGUAUUUCAGAGUCUUGCGCAGAGGCCAAUGUGCAGUUGUCGCUAUCAGAUUUGUUCUUUGAACAUCAACGGGGAACUUUCAUAGGUGUUUACGUUCUCGCAACCAGUGUCGGCACUUAUCUAGGUCCUUUGAUUGCUGGGUUCGUUGCCGAUAGCAGUCUUGGAUGGCGCUGGAUUGGGUGGUUGGCUGUUAUCAUCUCGGGUGCUACCAUCGUUGUUCUCUACUUUACCCUCGAGGAGACAAUGUUUGAUCGACCUGCGUACCAAGUCGGGGAGGUAAUUACAUCACCUCGCGAGAACCCCGAAGAGCCAGAGUCUGACUUGCAAGGACUGCAAGAAAAGAAAGCUGGCUUGUCGGAUGCUGUGACUGCACCUGGAGAAACGACGGGCGAAAAGCCAAAGUCGUACUGGCAAAGCAUCGCUCUGAUCACACCAGCCGCCAACCUGGAGGGUUUCGGAUUCAAGCAGUACUGCAUUCGGCUAAUGCAUACUAUGCGUGUAUUUUCAUUCCCCGCCGUCAUUUACUCCGGUGUUCAAUGGGGAGCUCAAGAUGCUUGGCUCACGUUCUAUCUCACCGUUGAAGAUAAUUACUGGAGUGACGCCCCGUGGUACUAUGGAGACGUUGGGGUUGGCUUGAUGAAUCUCCCUUGUCUUAUUGGUGCCGUGCUAGGCUGUAUCUAUGGCGGAUACUUUUCUGAUGUGUUCAUGAUCUGGAUGGCGAAGAGGAACGGCGGAGUUCGAGAGGCUGAGCACAGAUUGUGGUUCCUGUUCCCCUUGGCAAUCAUCUCGCCAUUGGGCAUGUUGCUAUUCGGAAUUGGCACUGGACAAUCGUGGACCUGGCCAGGUCCCUACCUCGGGCUGGGUCUGAUUGGAUUCGGAUGGGGCUGUACCGGUGAUUUGAGCAUGGCGUAUUUGAUGGAUGCAUACCCCGAGAUGGUUUUGGAAGGCAUGGUUGGAGUUGCAGUCAUCAACAACUCCAUCGCAUGCAUUCUGACAUUUACGGCUAGUCUGUGGCUUGACAGCCAAGGCGUUCAGAAUACCUUUAUUGUGAUUGCGGCUCUCGACUGUUUCUUUGUCUUGACUACUAUUCCGAUGAUGUAUUGGGGGAAGAGCUGCCGGCAAUGGACCAAAACGCGCUAUCUCGAUUUUGUGCGUAUUCGUGACUCUCUGUGA